CAAGCUCGGCCUCCGCGAGGACGUCGUCGACCACCAGCGCCAUGACGGGAGCCGCCGGGGACGCGGAGGCCAGGAGCCCCGACGCCGCCACGCCGCUGACGCCCCCCGACGGCGGCGUGCGCGCCUGGAUGGUGCUGGCUGCCUCCUUCCUGUGCAACGGGCUGCUGUUCGGCAUCAUCAACACGUACGGCGUCAUCUACGUGUACCUGCUCAAGGACCUCGAGGACGCCAAGGUCUCGGACGCCGCGUCCAAAGCUUCCUUGGUGGGGUCGCUGUGCAUCGGCACCACGUUCCUGGUGUCCCCCAUCGCCGGCGUGCUGACGGACCGCUGGGGCAUCCGGCUGACCACGGCCAUCGGCGGCGUCCUGGCCACCGCCGGCAUGCUGCUGUCGUCCUUCGUCACGGACAACGUGUACGCGCUGUACGCGACCUACGGCGUGCUGUUCGGCGUGGGGGCCUCGCUGACGUACACGCCGUCGCUGGUGGUGCUGGGCCACUACUUCAAGCGCUUCCUCGGCGUGGCCAACGGGCUGGUGGCGGCCGGCUCGUCCGUCUUCUCCGUGCUGCUGCCCUACCCGCUGGAGUGGCUGCUGCAGCGCUUCGGGUUCUCCGGCAGCCUGCUGCUGCUGGCCGCCAUGAUGUCGCUCAUCAUCGGCUGCGCGAUGCUGUUCAAGCCGCUGAUGCCGCCGCCGAGGUCCACGUCGUCGCAGACCGACCUGCUGAACCUCAACAUCUGGAAGCGCCGGAAGUACGUCAUCUGGGCGCUGGCCAUCCCCACGGCCCUGUUCGGCUACUUCGUGCCGUACGUCCACAUGGUCAAGUACGUGUCGACGCGCUUCGAGGGCGAGGACGGCAAGAUCCUGAUCCUCUUCAUCGGGCUGGCGUCGGGCGUGGGCCGCCUGGUGUUCGGCCGCAUCGCGGACAUCCCGCGCGUCGACCGCAUUCUGCUGCAGCAGAUCUCCUUCUUCUGCAUCGGCGUGGCCACCAUGCUGCUGACGGUGACGGACAGCUUCACCGUGAUGAAGGUGCUGGCGCUGGUGAUGGGGCUGUUCGACGGCUGCUUCAUCUCGCUGCUGGGCCCCAUCGCCUUCCAGCUGUGCGGCCAGCGGGGCGCCACGCAGGCCAUCGGCUGCCUGCUGGGGCUGUGUUCGGUGCCCCUCACCGUGGGGCCCUUCAUCGCGGGGCUACUGUUCGACCACCUCGGCUCGUACCGCCUGCCGUUCCUGUUGGCCGGCGUGCCGCCCGUCGUCUGCUCCGUCAUCAUGUUCGCGGUGCGCUGCGUGCCCGACGACCCCGUCAAGGAGGACGCCGCCGAGGACGACCUGAUGGUGAAGAGCGCGCCGCUGGAGCCGCUGGCCGACAAGUUCGGCAACGGCGCGGCCUUCAAGUCCAACGGCAAUGCGCACGGCGGCCACCAAGGCGGCCACGCCAACGGCGGCCCCGCCACCCCCGCCCCAGGUACGUGGGUGCGCAUGCAGAGCCUGCUCGUCAUGGAGGAGCGGCUGUGCGUGCGCGUGGCACUGCUCGCCACGCCGCGGUCCCCCGGCCGCAUGCAGUCCUACUCGCUGCUCGCCUAGAAGGCCUAGAACUGCAAGUUCGAGAUCUCGCGUUGCACUCUGAAAGAUGUACCGCCUCGCAACAACCCGCUUCGCGUGCCCAUGUGAUAUAUAAAUUCUAGUGCCAUAUUUUUGUUCUCUACUUACGAUAGCCAAAUAUUCAUGUUUAUAUCGCCACGGUGUAAGUGAAACGUUAGGUUUAUUUUCUUUAAUUGUGGCUUGUGAUACUACAUUUUUGUGAUGACAAAUGUGAUCGAAUAUGUAUUUUUUGUAAAUAUUUUGUACAGCGCUGUAGUUGUAGAUGCAGCUAGUAACACUGCCCUUGCAUUCCCCACUGCUUCAUUUUCGCAUUUUAUCGCUCUUCAUCUCAUUACAUAUCUUCCCUCACUAGUCUUAACUUUUUAUUUUUAAUUAAAAAAAUAAAAGUGCUUACUUGUCGCAUGUAUGUCUCUUUUAUUUCUUCCUUUAUUCUCUUCUGUUUAUUUUUCUACCUACCUAAACCACUUACUUCUCGCUUUUACUUUCCUUCUCGCACUAUACGCCUAUUAAACAGUAACUAUGCCAAUCAGCUGACCGAAGAACCGCUAUCUCGAUUCCCCGCAUUCUUCCUUAUUUAUUGACUGCACCGAUUCAAUCUGCAUGCAGUGUGGUAACGGUCAAACCUUUUUGUAGAUCCAGCCGGCCAAUGACAUGGGCUUCCUGUUGCAACGGCGGGAGGGAGUCCAGAGCGGUUGAACCUAGUGUGCGCGAGUGUGUGUGUUUGUGUGUAUGAGGGUGUGCGUGUGUGUGAGUAAGGUGAGUCUGUGUGAGUGUGAAUGCGGAGGGAGGGGGUUGAGCGACUCAAACAACUAUCUAGCACGGAAGCCAAGGCACCGCCUGCUUGACAUCUUGGCAUCGCAGCGCUCGGCAGUGCUACUCAGGGGACUUUGUUUCACUGGUAUUAUCAGCACCAAUGUGCCGAAUAAAAGCAAAAUGCCCCCCGAGCCGAGAGGCAGCCGUCGGGGUGGGUGGGACGACAUCGAAACUGGAUGGCGCUUGCGAGGGACGCUGUGCGCGCUGUGCUCUCUGCGCUCGGCAAAGGACGUCCUGCUUUUGUACAGCCAGUCGCAGAGGGGCACCUUGACCCGGAAUCGAACGAGGGCGAACAUAAUCGCGCAAUGGUGGUAUCAGUGUCCGCGACGUCGCAUGUCCAUUGUUAGAGAGAGAGCAAACCGCAGACACGCGGCUUUUGUCUCAUUUCUUGUGUUUUGUGUAAGUUACGGCCGUCAAUGGCAAAACGAAACAUACUGGGGGAAAACGAAUGAUUGAAUCGCACUUGAUUCAAAAACAUGACAUUUCUUUCUUUCCGCAGGUGACGACAGCCCCGUCACGGACAAGCUGCUGUCCGAUCACAGCAGCUGAUACGAAGAUGCGCCGAAGGUACAGUCGGGUUGAAAAUGCACGGAACCACCCCAGUGUGCGCCUCGGCUGCAAUGACAUUCCUUCGCAUUUGUUUUGGCCACCGCGUCCGUCAUCUCCAGCCAAUGGCAGUGUCGCGACAGUCAACUCGCGAACUGGCCGAGAUGGCGCCGCCGGCAGCGCUAGCCAUCCUAUCGGUCGCGCAUCUAAACCGCACGGCAGUCGCCUGCGGGCUUAAACCGCUUAAAUACUCUAGGGCAAAAAUUGUACUUUUAGAAUCUCGACUGAAUUUGCUUCAGAUCAAAAGCUUACUUUUACAGGGUAACGUUGAUUUUUUGUGGUCCGUGAAAGGCCCGCUAUUUUCAUAGUGUCAUUUAUGUUACAUUGCCAUGAAUGUGUCUUAUUAUUUUAUCAUAAAAUGUAUUUUUAAUUUUUUGUACUUAAACUAGCGCGCUUUAAGCGGCGCGUUUUAGAAUACGCAGGAAUUACAGAGCCCUCCAACUAGUAGUAGUUUAAAGAUAGAUGUAGAUUGUCAAUUCGUGUUAUAAUGUGUAAGCGUCGUGGGCUUCCCUGUCAUGUUGACAAAAGGGCCCUAAUUCUUAGUUUUAGCAUUGCAGCCACUGUGUGGCAACAUUCAGUACAGUGUUUUAGAGAACACUGACGUAUUUAAUCAACCUCUAUCUCCACGCUGUGCUAUUAUUGCUGGAGGUUGAGCGCGAAAGACUGAUUCAAUAAUGGCUCUCGUCGAGUGGGAAGGCUUAAUAGCUGUUAUGCUGUGGUGUUUAGUUUUUACCCCGCUGUACUCCCACAAUGUUUGUGUAUUUUUGUUUACGAUAUAUUUUAACGAAACCUUAUGAAUUAAGUAUUAAACAACACCGAUCAAUCAUAAGA